UCCUCCAGAUCGGCAAGACUGUACAGACGUGCUGCGCCUCCUCCCACUCCCACACGACUCCCGUCUUCCUCGACGACCAAGCAACCAGCAUCCGGCUGCUCGUAGCUGCGCGUGCUUGUGUUCUCUGUAACGUUGCUCCCUCUACGGAUUUUUUCUCCUCCUCCUGUCUCCUGAUUCAAAAAAAUCUCUUUGCUUCUUCGUGCGUGUGAUAGAGCAACCAUAUCUAGAAGAUGGACAUAGAGUACCAUGAGGAGUAUGUGAGCAAUCCGAGUGGCGUGCAGCUCUUCACGUGCCGGUGGCUGCCAGCGUCCUCCUCGCCCAAGGCGCUCGUCUUCCUCUGCCAUGGUUACGGUGCGGAGUGCAGCGAGUUCAUGAGAGAAUGUGGGAUCAAGAUGGCCACAGCAGGGUAUGGUGUGUUCGGGAUCGAUUAUGAGGGCCACGGCAAGUCCAUGGGUGCCAGAUGCUACAUCCAGAAGUUCGACAACCUUGUGACUGACUGCGACCAGUUCUUCAAAUCCAUCUGCGAGAUGGAGGAUUACAGGAACAAAAGCCGGUUCCUGUACGGAGAGUCCAUGGGUGGAGCUGUCGUUCUACUGUUGCAUAGGAAGGAUCCAGCAUUCUGGGAUGGAGCAGUCCUUGUGGCGCCAAUGUGCAAGAUAUCAGAGAAGGUGAAACCGCACCCUCUUGUGGUCUCCUUCCUGACUAAGGUGGAGGAGAUAAUCCCAAAAUGGAAGAUUGUCCCGACCAAAGAUAUCAUCAACUCCACAUUCAAGGACCCCAUCAAGCGUGAAAAGGUCAGGAAGAACAAGCUCAUCUACCAGGACAGGCCCCGGCUGAAGUCUGCGCUGGAGCUGCUCAGGACCAGCAUGGAUGUGGAAGAUAAUCUGUCAGAGGUGAGGGUGCCAUUUCUGGUCCUGCACGGCGAGGCCGACACGGUGACCGACCCGGAGGUCAGCCGCACCCUCUACGAGCGCUCAGCCAGCACCGACAAGACCAUCAAGCUCUACCCAGGGAUGUGGCACGGCCUCACCGCCGGUGAGCCUGACGAGAACGUGGAGCUGGUGUUCUCUGACAUUCUCGCAUGGCUCGACCAGCGCAGUCGCCAUUGGAAACCUGAAGAACGGGUCAGACCUCCACUAGAGCCCGAAAACAAGCACCACCAAGAGGCGUCCAAGAAAAUCACCUGUGCUACCAGCAGCAAUGGUGCAGAGAGUCCGGUGCCCGUGUCACCACACGGCCAGCCUCAGUGUGGCUGCAGCUUCCUCUGCGGGCUCGGUGGCCAACCAAACCAGCACCAAUCUAGGAUGUAG